CCGCGAGUUUUAACUGCGCGCGGACGCUGUCACUUUUUUUACUAUUUAUUUAAUUUUUUAAAACACAAAAUGUUACGGCCACUAUUUCAUCUGACUGUUGUAGCUAUAAAUACAUUUGUAUUGUGGUAUGAUCAAACUUAUAUAAACCUUCCAUUACCAGCUAAAGAAAUGGAAAACCUACCACUGAAGUCAAGGAGCAUGUUUCUUACAUUCUGGUGUUUAAUACUGCAAACGAUCUACCAUUUCAUCGCAUUGCUGAACGAUCUCUUCGGAACGAACUCGCGAACGCCGAAGAACCCUCCUAUUAUACGACGCGUUAAGGAUACCCUUUACGCUUUAGCAUUCGUUGCAGCAAUUUACGUAUCACUUACAUUUUGGAGCAUAUACUAUGUAGACAAGGAGCUCAUUUUCCCCGACCAAAUUGAGAAGUUAUAUCAUCCCAGUAUGAAUCACGUCAUGCACACCACUGUUGCAAUAUUUAUAAUAAUAGAAAUGCUGAUGGUGCAUAUAAACUAUCCUUCUCGUAAAAUCGGUUUUACUGUCACUUUGACAUUUUUUAUUUCGUACAUAAUUUGGUUUUUUAAUAUCUAUGCUAAAACAGGCACGUGGGUCUAUCCGGUAUUCAACCCCCUAAAUUGGCCCUUAAGAAUAAUAUUUGUCUGUAUGAGUUUGGCAUUGAGCAUGAUAUUUUAUUUAGUCGGAGAAAAGUUAAACUAUGUUAUUAUUUCGAGCAGUAAAGAUACACGCAGUAAGGGAGUUAAGGAUGGGAUUUCAAACGGUAAAAAGAAAAAGUAAAAAAUAAAAUAAAACGAAACU